UUUUGCGCACUUCCUGCUCCGGCCGUCAGGCGCACGGAGAGAAAGAAAGAGAGAGAUUGAGAGAGAGAGAGAGAGAGAAGGGGAGGAAUGCUGCAGGAAAAAUCUGCACAGAUCUGGUGUAUCCACUGAACAGGCAGACUGGAGGCUCAAAUGCCGUGGAGGAUUCCUCACGCCCAUAAGACGCAAUCGGGACAAGCAGACGGCAAGAACUGCUCGAGAAGAUAGAAGCUCCACGAAUAGUCCUUUUGGUUUGAUCUGAUUUUUCUCCCUGGAAGGAAAAGGAUUAGCUGGAAUGCACCGCUGCUGCUGCUGCUGCUGUUGCUGCUGCUUCUGAAGACCUUCACGUCUGAUUCGGGGCCGUUUCCAUCAGGUUCUGCUGAUAUCGUCUGCCUGCGUUAAGCAUCACCCUGAUUCCUUGGGAUCUGCUGUAGAAUAAAACUCCAUCGAGAAUCUGCUCAGACACACAGACACACAGAGAGAGGAGAGAGGGUUUGCUUGUUUACGCGAUCGUAAACACAAGCAGGGAAAUCAAAGUCCUUGUUUUCCUGCUUAUUUAUUUAUUUUUCCCCUAUUUAUUAUCAAAAAUCCUGAAUCACUGGACGUCAGGGAACGGAUUUUUACAAUAAAAUUAAAACUGCAUACUAUCCAAACAUCAGAUCUUUACUAAUGACGUGAUGGUAACUCCUAAAUUUCCUCUGGAUUAAAGUUUGACACUCAGAAGGUAAGCAGUUGCAUCUUCUCGCAUCAUCAUGGUUGUUUUCAACGGUUUGCUGAAGAUAAAAGUCUGCAAAGCUCUGGACCUGAAGCCCACACCGUGGUCAUUGCGUCAUGCAGUGGGCCCCAAGACCCAGACCUUUUUGCUGGACACAUACAUAGCUCUCAAUGUAGAUGAUUCUCGUGUGGGCCAGACCUCCACAAGGCAGAAGACCAAUAGUCCAGCAUGGAACGAUGAGUUUGUCACAGAGGUUUACAAUGGGAAGAAGAUCGAGCUCUCAGUAUUCCAUGACUCUCCAAUCGGCUAUGAUGACUUUGUGGCCAACUGCACCAUCCAGUUUGAAGACUUGCUACAGAAUGGCAGUAGACACUUCGAAGAUUGGAUUGACCUGGAGCCUGAGGGUAAAGUCUAUGUCAUCAUCGACUUGUCAGGAUCUUCCAGUGAAGCUGCUGCAUCUGGGGAAAAUGAAGAACGAGUGUUCCGUGAGCGGAUGCGGCCCCGUAAGCGUCAGGGAGCAGUACGCAGACGUGUCCAUCAGGUGAAUGGACACAAGUUUAUGGCUACUUACUUGAGACAGCCCACCUACUGCUCCCACUGUCGUGACUUCAUUUGGGGUGUAUUAGGAAAACAAGGAUAUCAGUGUCAAGUUUGCACCUGUGUAGUUCAUAAAAGAUGCCAUGAGCUCAUCAUUACAAAGUGUCCAGGCCUAAAAAAGGAUGACACUCCAGAGGAGGUUGGCUCUCAGCGCUUCAGUGUAAACAUGCCUCACAAGUUCAGCAUUCACAAUUAUAAAGUACCGACCUUCUGCGACCAUUGCGGCUCCUUACUUUGGGGGCUGAUGCGGCAAGGGCUGCAGUGCAAAGUUUGUAAAAUGAACGUUCACCGGCGUUGUGAGACCAAUGUAGCUCCUAACUGUGGGGUAGAUGCAAGAGGAAUUGCUAAGGUUUUGUCUGAUCUCGGAGUGACACCAGACAAGAUUUCUAACAGCACUCAGCGCAGGAAAAAGUUGACUCCAGGACAGGACGCUCAGCCAGCCACAUCAGAGCAAGCCUCAUCAGAAGACUCAGAUCGCUGCAAAUCAGCUCCGACAUCACCCUGUGAACAGGAGCUGGCUGAGCUUGAGAGCAUACGUAAGGCUUUGUCAUUUGGUCAAGAGCACAAGUCUUCCUCGUCCUCUUCUUCAGUGGCCACUGGGCUUCAAGGCACAGUGAACGAGGGCCAUGAGAAUGGAGAUAUAAAGAGUUUUCAGUCAAAGAGGAUGAACCUUGAUAACUUUUCCUUUAUUAAAGUGCUGGGCAAAGGGAGCUUUGGAAAGGUCAUGCUAGCUGAACUGAGAGGCACAGAUGAGGUGUAUGCUGUGAAGGUCUUGAAGAAAGACGUCAUCCUGCAGGAUGAUGAUGUCGACUGCACUCUGACUGAGAAGCGCAUCCUUGCUCUGGCCAGAAAACACCCCUACCUGACCCAGCUAUACUGCUGCUUUCAGACCAAGGAUCGAUUAUUCUUUGUUAUGGAAUAUGUGAACGGAGGAGACUUGAUGUUCCAGAUCCAGCGCUCGCGGAAGUUUGAUGAGGCCCGUUCCCGUUUUUAUGCUGCUGAAGUCACUUCUGCCCUCAUGUUUCUGCAUCAAAAUGGAGUCAUCUAUAGAGACCUAAAGCUCGAUAACAUUCUGCUGGAUGCCGAAGGUCACUGCAAGCUGGCAGACUUUGGCAUGUGUAAAGAGGGAAUCCUGAAUGGUGUUACCACCACCACCUUCUGUGGCACUCCAGACUACAUUGCUCCUGAGAUCCUUCAAGAGUUGGAGUAUGGCCCAUCAGUCGACUGGUGGGCUCUGGGCGUGCUGAUGUACGAGAUGAUGGCAGGUCAGCCACCGUUUGAGGCCGAUAAUGAGGAUGAUCUGUUUGAAUCUAUUCUACAUGAUGAUGUACUCUACCCUGUUUGGCUCAGCAAAGAGGCAGUCAGCAUCCUCAAAGCAUUUAUGACAAAGAGCCCAAAUAAGAGGCUGGGCUGCGUGAUGUCUCAGGGGCUGGAGGAGGCCAUUAAAGUUCAUCCUUUUUUCCGGGAGAUAGACUGGGUCUUGCUAGAUCAAAGGAAGGUCAAACCGCCAUUUAAACCACGCAUUAAAACCAAAAGGGACGUGAACAACUUUGACCAGGAUUUUACACGUGAGGACCCCGUUCUUACCCCUGUGGAUGAUGCCAUUAUAAAGCAGAUCAACCAGGAGGAGUUCAAGGGCUUCUCCUAUUUUGGAGAAGAGGCGCUAUCUUAAAUGUCAGCCUCUCAGCACCUGUUCAGACACACAUACAACAACAUUCUCUCACGCACAUACAGACACAUAAACACUAAGCACUAAGAUAAACAUGAAAGUGGUGAUGAAUGUCUGCAGAAAUGCUGAUAUUGGGGUUGAGGCAAGAGGUCCGGGUGUGUGUCUGCAGCUACUACUGCUUUUGUUCUUUUCCACCUCCAAUUGCUUCCUCUUGCCUUCUUUCACUUCAGCUCUUUUUUCCAUCCUUGCCUCUCUAGCCAUACUAAUGCUCCUUUAGUUUAAAGCUACUUCCCAAACUGCUCAGAGGGUCUGCUUUUGAGGAAGAGGGGCAGGAUUGCACUAUGUUGAACCAAAAUUUGAUUAUAUCAUUGAUUGUUGUAAUGUUAUCAAUCAGAUAUCUGGUAGGAAUGAACCCAAAACAGUGAUAGCGAUGUCCAAAAAAAACCCCAAAAAACAAAGAAUAUUAAUCUCCAUAAAUGACAAUACAAUGUGUUGUGCUGUGCAGUGGAAUUCCUUUAUGUGUAUUCAGGUGAACAUUUUGGGAGCAAUUUUAUUUAUAAUAACACUACUAUACAGUAUAUUUCUUGAUAAGUGUUAUGAAGGCCUGCUGUAUGUGGGUUGUAUUGAUCCAAGUGUUGAUUGGUCCGGUCCCGUGCCCGUGUGCAUGUGUUUGCAUGAGCGAGUGCACAUGCCAUUUUUAAAUCUUUUGAUUUUGGAUGUUGUGUUUUGUUUUUUUGUUCGUUUUUGAUUUUCGCACACAUUCAUUCUCUUUCUUUGGCUGCUAUGUGUGUUUAGUGACCUGCCACUAUGCAAUAGCAGACAUAGAGGCCAGUGCCCAUAGCUGUCUUACCCUUUGUACAGCGUGUAAUGUACAUAUUGUCUGCUCCAAAGCCUGUGAACGCUUCAAAAUCGAGUAGUCAACUGUUGCAUGGUUUGGCAAAUAAAGCUAUUAAUUGAGUUGUACAAUGUAUUUUGUCUAUGGAGAGAUAAGUUUUUAUAAUAUUCAUGUGCAAUACACUGAACAUAUUUUUUCUUUCAGUUAUUGUCCAUUUUUUCUGAUGUCCGUUUGUCCUUCCUCUUGUGUUGUCUCUUUCCCAUAUAUCCACUUUGCUGAUAAUAAAUGAAGAUGAGUGUUCAAUGGGUAAGAAGCCUGGCCAUUGAAGCCUGAACAGCAGGAUAUUGAUGUUGAAUUAAUUUCUCUUUCUCUCUUUCUUUCUCUCUCUCCCUAUUUCUCUACACCACUCUCAUGUACAUAAAGCAUAAACUGUGGAAUGUAGCUUAAAAACCAUGUGCAUGCUCAUAAUUUAUUUUAUAUCGUACACAUAGUGACCCUCGUGUCAAUAAACAGGCCAUUUCCUGCUUGUGCAUGUUUUCAGAUAACAAAGCCUUGUUAUUGCACAGCUCCAUGAUUCUUACACAAGGUUUCUCCCUGUCCAUCAUACACAUUUAAUAGUGAAGUCAGUUAUUUAUAAAAAAGAAAAUGUGAACAAACAUGACGGAGAGGUCAAUAAGAGACAGGGUACAUUUCAGGCGCACUAAUUAAACCCUUACUGGAAUGUGACAGCUUUGCUUGAACAACUCAGUGGCAAUUUGACAAAUCGUUUGAGUUUUGUUUUUUGCAAACUCGUUUUUUCUGACCAUUCAUCACUUCAAAAAUGUUUUCGCUCGGUUUUACAAAUGCAUUUUGAAAUUGCAUUUUUAAUUAUUAUUAUUAUUAUUAUUAUUAUUAUUAUUAUGAUUAUUUAACGGCUUGUAAAUAUCGGCUUCUCACAUGCCAAACGCUCUAUCUGAUCUUUGUUUAUCUGUAAAUGAUUCAUUGAAAAGCUAUAUAGGAACCAACAACGGUUUGUCUUUUAAGUAAAUAAUAAUACAAAUAAAAUAAAAAAGAGAGAGAAUUGAAAUAGCUCAAAUAUUACCUCUUAAAUUUAGGGUUUGUCUGGCUGAAUAUUGAAUAUUUGUGCAUACAGUAUUACAUUAAGCGUUUCACAAUGUAUUAUAGUGCUGUAUGUAUUAUAUACAUCUUGUAUUAGAAUUUUAGUUUGGUGAAGUUUGUGUUUUGUAAGUUUUCUCUCUCUCUCUCUCUCUCUCUCUCUCUCUCUCUCUCUCUCUCUCUCUCUCUCUCACCCUCCCAGUGUCAGCAAUGUAUUAUGUGCCAAACGUACUGUAAUCUAAAGGAUGUGAAUGUGUUUGGGGUUUUGGUUUUUUUUUUUCCUUUUUUUAAUUUUCCUUUUUUUGAUCCUAUUAAAUACUAUGAUGUCACAACCUGA